UCCCUGCAAAUUCCCGUCGGAUAGGAGAGAAACAUUCAAAGCUAAACGAAGGCAGCUUGACUCUCUUCAUCUACCAUGUCAGCGGCAAGGGGACGAGAUCUGCAGCCUGCAGCACCUCUUAACAUGAAUCGCUAUGCCACUAAGAAGACAGCGGCAGAGAGCAUGCUUGAUGUGGCCCUUCUUAUGGCCAAUGCUUCCCAGCUGAAGGCAGUGCUGGAACAAGGGCCUGAUUUUACUUACUACAUUACUGUCAUUGUGCUCAUCGCUGUCUCACUCCUCUUUCAAGUGCUGGCUGGUGUUUUCUUUAUUCUCAUGGCACGUAAAGAUCUCAAUAAUGUUGCUAAUCAAAAACAGCUGGACUUAUGGAAUAACAUCGCCACAGCUCUGGUGUUCUUUACCGUCAUCAUCAACAUCUUCAUCACUGCUUUUGGUGUGCAGAAGACUGGCCUCUACCCUAACUAGUGAACAUAAUACGAGAUGGUGUCACGUUAGAGAACCACCAUAUCAUCAGUGAAUCCUGGACGUCUUCCAUCACCUUCUAUCCUACCAAAACAUUAAGUUUUUAUCUACAGUGCCUAAUUACGCUAUGAAGGAUUAAUAGUUCUGUUUUAGUUAUUAUGCGCUAUUAUAGAUUAUGCUCAAUAUAGCAUUGUAAAGCAACCUUUAUUUAGAAGUGUUUAUCUAAAGCUAAAGCUUUUUAGUUCAAACAAAAACAUGAAGUACACUGAACUCAUUUCGCUGUUUGUGUUGCCAGUAAUCUGUGUUUACACAUACCAUUGCUCAAAUUAAUUUGAGCAAGUUUAUUAAUUUCAGCAAGAUUAUUUUUUAGCUUCAGCAUAUUAUUAUUAACAUUAUGUCCUAAAGUUUUUUUUUUAUAUAUAUAUAUUUAGUUUUUAUGCAUUUUCUCCCCUUUUUCUCCCUUUUUAGUGCGUCCAACUGCCCGAUUGCAUCAUGCUUCCUCUCCACCAAUGCUGAUCCCUGCUCUGAUCGAGGAGAACGAAGCUAACCCACGCCCCCCUGACACAUGGGCAGCAUGCCGUAUGCAUCUUAUCACCUACACUUUGACGAGUGCAGUGCAGCGUUGUGUAUGGAGAGACACACCCUGAGAGCACUCUUUUCUCAUCUCUGUGCAGGCACCAUCAAUCAGCCAGCAGAGGUCGUAAUUGCACCCGUCAUGAGAGAGAGAGACCCCCCAUCCGGCUUAUUCCCGCCCAUAUCUGAACAACAGGCCAAUCGUUGUUCAUGUGGCCGCUCAGCCUAGCCGGCAGGCAGAGCUGAGAUUCGAUACGAUGUAUUCGAGAUCCCAGCUCUGGUUACAGCGUGUGUUUUUUUUAACUCUGCACCACCUGAGCGGCUAUGUCCUAAAGUUUUUUAUUUAAAAGUAUCAUUCUAUUAUACUGCAGUGUUUUAAUAUUUAUGUUGCUAAGUAUAAGCAUAAUAUGUAAAUAAAUUGUCAUUAGAAAGCUGAUUUAAAAAUCUAAUAUACUAAAAACUGAUAUUCCUUUUCUUUUGUUUUAAAAUAAAAAAUUAUUAGCACAUA